CUUUGGCGCAUAAAAGAGAAAAACACUGACAAGCAACAAAGCUCCAAGAAAAGAAACCAAACCCUAACCCUCCCAAGAUUGCGUUUUUACGGGACUGAUCCCUUCUCAAUCACCGCCAUUAAUGUCCAAGAAGCUCCAGCGUACGGGCCCUGCAAGCUUUCGCCAGAUGGUGUACAGUUUGCUACGCAUGAGCUCGGCCGUAUCCAUUGAUAGUUUCCUCUCUUGUGAACCCUAAAUAAGAGAAUGAGUUUGUGAUCCAAGAUUGGUGGUGGUUGGUGGAGUCGGCGUUGGAGUUCAGGAGAAGUUAUCGUCGAUCCGAGUUUUAGUUUUUAUCUAGUUUAAGAGAGAGGAAUCAAGUCCUAUAAUCGAGCGAGAAGUUGAGAAAUCAAUCACAUUCCUCUUCCAUCAGAGCUGAAAGCCUAAAAAAAAGGAAGGAGCUUUGUUUAAUCGGACCGUAUCCCUGAGAAAUCCUUGGAAGAGAAAUUGAGGGGAAGUAUUUCGCCCAAAAUAAUCUUCCUCAACAUCGCCAGCAAACGCUUCCAUUCUUUGCUUUCUUUAAUCAUCUCUGCAGUGGGACGUGCUGUGCUUUGUCUUCCAGUCCUCUUUGGGACCUGUGAUGCUGUGACCAAAUUCCCUUCUUUUAAGACCCACGCUUGCUUCUCCUCCUCCUUUUGAGGAGUGGAAAUGAUUUGCAGAGCUGAUAGAAGUUGUGUUGAUCCUUUGCUGUGUUUUGUGUUUACUGGUUAGUGUUUGUUUGCUGUGGUGAUUGUGGAAAGGAUGGGGUAUGAGAUGGGAGGGGAGAGGAGGAGGUGGUGGCUGAACAGGUCCGCCAUGGUGGUCCUCUGGGUGGUGGUCUCUCUGGGCAUAUGGGCCUGCUUGCAUCUUUAUAUCAGAAGGGUCAGCAUGAGAAAGGCUGAGGAAGCUCUUGUCAGUAUGUGCGAGGAGAGGGCCAGGAUGAUCCAGGACCAGUUUGCUGUUAGUGUCAACCAUGUCCAUGCUCUUGCCAUUCUCAUCUCUACUUUUCACUACCAGAAGCAUCCCUCUGCCAUUGAUCAGGAGACGUUUGCUCAUUACACUGCAAGAACUGCUUUUGAGCGGCCUUUGCUCAAUGGGGUGGCCUACGCACAAAGAGUUGCUCAUAUGGAAAGAGAGAGGUUUGAGAAUGAGCAGGGGUGGAUAAUCAAGACUAUGAAACAUGAGCCGUCACCCAUGCAAGACGAGUAUGCUCCUGUAAUAUUCUCACAAGAGACAGUUUCAUACAUCGAGGCGCUUGACAUGAUGUCUGGCGAGGAGGACCGAGAAAAUAUUAUAAGGGCCAGAGCCACCGGCAAAGCUGUUCUUACUAACCCAUUUAGGCUUCUGGGGUCCAAUCAUCUUGGUGUGGUUUUAACAUUCCCAGUCUACCUUUCUGGUCUUCCAGCAGAUGCUACAGUUGAUGAACGAGUAGAAAAUACCGCUGGAUACCUUGGUGGAGCUUUUGAUGUCGAGUCUCUUGUGGAAAAUUUGCUGAGGCAACUUGCUGGCAGCCAAGAUAUCAUGGUGAAUGUCUAUGACGUCACAAACAUUUCAGAGCCGUUGAUCAUGUAUGGACCUCAGCAACCCGAUGGUUAUAUGUCUCUUUCACAUGUUAGUAUGCUUGAUUUCGGUGAUCCAUUCAGGAAGCACCAUAUGGAAUGCAGGUAUAGCCAGAAGCCUCCCAUUCCAUUGUCAGCCAUCACCACCCCAUCCGGUGUCUUUGUGAUCUGCAUGCUUGCAGGCUAUAUACUGUAUGCUGCUUGGAAUCGUUAUGACAAUGUCAAAGAGGAUUGUCGCAAGAUGGAAGAACUGAAAGUACAAGCAGAAGCUGCUGAUGUUGCUAAAUCUCAGUUCCUUGCUACUGUCUCACAUGAGAUCAGGACACCCAUGAAUGGAGUUCUUGGAAUGCUAGAUAUGCUUUUGGAUACAGACCUGAAUUUAACGCAAAGGGAUUUUGCCCAAACUGCACAAGUCUGUGGAAAAGCAUUGAUAUCAUUGAUAAAUGAGGUGCUCGACCGAGCGAAAAUUGAAGCUGGCAAGCUUGAAAUUGAAGCAGUUCCAUUUGACCUGCGAUCCAUUCUAGAUGAGGUGCUCUCGUUAUUCUCUGCAGCUUCACGAGAGAAGGGUAUUGAGCUUGCUACAUUUGUCUCGGAUAGAGUUCCAGAGGUUCUCACCGGUGAUCCUGGGAGGUUUCGGCAAAUAAUCACAAAUCUUGUGGGGAAUUCAGUUAAAUUUACCGAACGUGGCCACAUAUUUGUUCAAGUUCAUUUGGUGGAGCACUCGAAUAUGGUGAUGGAUGUGAAAUCAGAGGCUCACAUUAAUGGGCAUUCAGAUGAACAGGAUCACAAAUCAAAUAAAACUCUAUUCAAUACUUUAAGUGGGUUGGAAGCAGCUGAUAACCGGAACAGUUGGGAAAAUUUUAAACAUCUGCUUUCCAAUGAUGCAUCUCAAAAUGGGAUGCCUGGUGACAGUGAUUCUGGUGGAGUAACCUUGAUUGUUAGUGUAGAAGAUACUGGGAUAGGUAUUCCCCUUCAAGCACAGGAUCGAGUUUUUACACCUUUCAUGCAAGCCGACAGCUCGACUUCAAGGAAUUAUGGAGGAACCGGUAUUGGAUUAAGCAUAAGCAAGUGCCUGGUUGAACUAAUGGGCGGGCAAAUAAAUUUCGUUAGUCGGCCUCAGGUUGGGAGCACGUUUACAUUUACUGUUGUCCUUCAAAGAUGCAAUGGGAGAGCUAUUGAUGAUGCAAAGAGAGCUAUUCCUGAGCCUCUCCCAACAAGCUUUAGGGGAAUGAAAUCACUAAUUAUUGAUGAAAGACCGGUCAGAGGUGCUGUAACAGCAUACCAUCUGCGAAGAUUAGGCAUAACUGCAGAAGUUGUUUGCAAUGUUAAGACCGCGAUUAACAUGUUAGCUGGGCAGAAUGGUUACCCCAAAAGUUAUGGAAAGCAACCAAAUCUUAUCUUUGUGGAGAAGGAUUCAUGGAGUUCCGGAACCGAUGCUGGUUUGUGUAAACAACUAAUGCAGUUUAAACAGAAUGGACGUUCGGUUGAAUUGCCGAAAGUUAUCCUUCUGGUCACAUCUGAAUAUGAUAAAACAAAGACUUCAUUUGAGGAUGGUGUGAUCAUGAAACCUCUCAGGGCGAGCACAGUGGCUACAUGCCUUCAACAGGUGCUGGGAGCCGGAGGGGUGCAGCAGCGGAAACAAACACCAAAUGGAUCAACUUUCCUUCACAAUCUUCUAGUUGGGAAAAACAUAUUGGUCGUUGAUGACAACAAGGUGAAUCUAAGAGUUGCUGCAGGUGCCCUGAAGAAAUACGGUGCUAAUGUUGCAUGUGCCGAAAGUGGCAAAGAUGCUUUGUCUCUCCUUCAACUCCCACACAAGUUCGACGCCUGUUUUAUGGAUGUUCAGAUGCCUGAAAUGGAUGGGUUCGAGGCAACUCGGCAGAUACGUCUGAUGGAGAGCAAGGUGAAUAAGGAAGCUAGAAACACAGGCCGAGAAGGUUCAGAAAAAUCAGAAUGGCAUCUCCCUGUUUUAGCCAUGACCGCCGAUGUUAUUCAGGCAACUUACGAAGAAUGCUUGAAAUGUGGCAUGGAUGGUUACGUCUCAAAGCCAUUCGACGAGCAACAACUCUAUCAAGCUGUUGCCAAGUUCUUGCUAUCAAAACCUGAACAAUGACGAUUUCAUUGCGGAAACAGAGUUCGCUGUAAAUUACAAAUCAAGCCGAUGUACAUGUAUCUUUUGCAGAAUCAUUCAAAGUCUCAGGCGAAAACCGAUGAAUUGCGAAGUAGGAGAAGUUGUAUAGUGUUUGUGGUAUUUUUCUGUGAGUGUUUGUUCUCAUUCUUUGAGCUCCCUGUUGAGCAUAUAAUUUUGCCCCCCCCCCCUCCUCAUGUAACCAUUAAAACUAUGAACACUGAAUGAAGCUAGUUGCCAUGUAACCAUUAAAACUAUGAACACUGAAUGAAGCUAGUUAUGUAGCGAGUUGAGAAGGAUUUAUGAAAAACGCUACAAUUGUUCCAUGAAAA